AUGGAUUUAUUUAAUAUAAAAGAAUUUAAACAAGCAAUCAACGAAUGGAUAACAGAACAUUCAACACGUGAUCAAAAUUUGACAAAUUGUAUAUUAGCAACUGCUUAUAUGUGUUAUUCUUCAUCAUUUGAUGCUGAUUUAAGAAUAAUUGUAUGGCAAAAAUUUGUUAAAUUUUGUCAACAAUAUCAAAUUCCACGUGAAGCUGAUUUAGUUUUUCAACCAAUACCAAUUGAUAGAAAUUCAAGAGGAAAUACAGCACGUACUAAUCGAAUCAAUCGAACACCAAUAACAACACUUGCUCAAUUUUUAUAUAAUCAAAUUGAAUUAAAAGAAUUUCAAUUUCUUCGUCUUAUACCAACUGAUAUAAUGACUGAAAAUGGUUCUAUUAUUAUGGUAGAUGCUGUUCUUAAUGGAUGA